ACAAAGUAACAGUGAAGAGUACGAGAACAGCAAGAAAGAGAAGAAAGAGGAAAUAGAAGGAAAGAGAUCAGCAGUGAGGAAGCUGAGGGCAAAGGAGAAGAGGAGAGAUGAAGGGAGUUCUGUGGCCUGCGAUGUUCUUGCUCCUUCUGUACCUCACGGGAGCCACGAGCCCUGAAGUCAGAGACCGAGCAACCAGAGAGAACCAGAUGCUGUGUGUCGGCGAGCAGAACCAGAGCUACACCUGUGAGUCGGGACAUUGCUGUGGAGAGUCGGAGUGCUGCAGCAACUACCACCAGCUUUGGUGGUUCUGGCUCAUGUGGACCAUCAUCGUCGUCCUGAGCUGCUUCUGCAUCUGUCAGCACCGGCGGACCAAAGCGCGCCUCCAGCAGCAGCAGCGGCAGCACGAGAUCAACCUCAUCGCCUACCGGGAGGUGCGCAGCUACGCCUCUCCGCCCUUCCGCCCACAGCCCCUGCCAGACUACCUCCUUCCUGCCUAUGAGGAAGUGGCGAGACACCCCGCGACCCCACCACCCCCCUACAGCGCCAGGCUGCCGCACGCCGACGAGCCCUUCUCGCCGUUACCGAGAAGCCAGCGGGCGACGGGACGAGACCUCGUCCCCCUGGGGGUCUCCGAGGACGAGCUGCUGCAUCAGCCGGAUGCCGGACACGAGGGACGAGGCAAGGAGCAGACGGCUGGACGACAUCGCCAUUUCACGGGCGACUCGGGCAUCGAGGUGUGCGGCUGCAGCCGGGACGGCAGCCCCCUCGAGCCGCUGGUCUUCUGCCACGGCUGCCAGCCCUGUGGCUCUGGAGACGAAGAGCGGAGCCUGGAGCCCCUGAGGCCUGAGGUGGCCUUUUACCCCUUUGUGGCACAGGAUUGCAGUCCAGACACCCAGCACUGAAGAAGAGGGUGAAAAGGAGCACCUCAUCUUGUUUCCUCACUGUGUGUGUGUGUGUGUGUGUGUGUGUGUGUGUGUGUGUGUGUGUGUAAGAGGACUGUGAGGAUACCUUCUGUAUGCAGGGCCUUUCUGUGGCCACUGGUUCUGCCCACAGUGGACACAUGACUCUCCCAGGUUAUGCGUCACAUUUACAUUUCUCUGGCGCUUUUCCCCGAAGCGUCUUAUAGCGUUAAGCUACUUAGUUAUUUACCCAUUUAUACAGCAGGGUAAUUUUACUGUAGCCAUUUCC